AUGGACCGCAACAGCGAGAAGCUGGGCGUCGACCAGAUCGACGACAACACGGCGUACCAGACCGACUCGAACAUCCUCGACCAUGAGUUCACGCCCGCCGAGCAGAAGCGCAUCAUCCAGCGCAUCGACCGCCGCCUCGUCACCACCGUCGGCUUCAUGUACUGUGUGUCCCUCAUGGACCGCACUAACUUGGGCGCUGCCGUCAUUGCUGGCAUGGGGACGGAGCUGAUGCUCAUUGGGGACCGAUACUCGAUCGUCACUCUUCUAUUCUUCGUGACCUACAUCAUAUUCCAGCCGCCUUCGACCGUCAUCUGUCGUUCCAUCGGUCCGAGAUUCCAUCUUGCGGGAGUCACCCUUCUCUGGGGCGCUUGCAUGAUUGGCAUGGGCUUCGUCUCUAAAUGGGAUCAGCUUGCCGGGCUCAGAAUUAUCCUGGGGCUGCUCGAAGCUGGCUUCUUCCCCAGCUGCGUCUACCUUCUCAGCACAUGGUACACACGAUAUGAGAUGGGCAAGCGCUAUGCAGUCUUCUACCUGCUGGGAUGUGUCGCGUCCGCCUUCGCAGGCAUCCUGGCCUACGGGCUCAUGCAGAUGAACGGGCUCGCAGAUCUGACGGGAUGGCGCUGGAUCUUCAUCAUCGAGGGAACCCUCACCUGCGUGAUCGGCAUCGCCGGCUACUGGCUCCUCGUCGACUUCCCGGACUCCAAGAGGAAGUCGUGGCGCUUCCUGCCGGAGCGCGAGCGCGCUUGGGUCGUGGCGCGGGUCAACGCCGACCGCGGCGACGCAAAGGUCCACGCCUUCUCCAUGGCCAGCUUCUUGCGCGGCGGCAUGGACUGGAAGAUCUGGGCGUACGCGCUCAUCUUCUUCAACACCACCACCAUCACCUACGCCCUCGCCUACUUCCUGCCCGUCAUCCUGAACGAGUCCCUCGGGUUCGAGGUCGGCGCCGCCCAGUGCCUCGUCGCCCCUCCCUACGCCUUCGCUGGCUUCGUCAUGUUCGGGACCGGCUGGCUCGGCGACAAGUACAAGGUCCGGGGCAUCCCCAUCCUCAUCAACAUGGCAUUCUGCAUCAUUGGCCUGCCCAUCAUGGGAUUCCACCCGAACCCCUCCGUCAGAUAUUUUGGCGUCUUCCUCGUCACCGCUGGUGCCAACUCCAACGUGCCCGCAACCAUGUCGUACCAGGCCACCAACAUCCGCGGCCAGUGGAAGCGGGCGUUCUGCUCUGCCACGCUGGUCGGGUUCGGCGGACUCGGCGGUAUCGCUGGUUCCUUGGUCUUCCGAAACCAGGACAAGCCGUCCUAUCACCCGGGCCUGUAUGCCUGCAUCGCCUGCACCCUGCUCAACUUCAUCCUGGUCGGGAUCCUCACCGUCUACUUCAAGAUCGAGAACCGCCGCGCAGACAGGGGCGAGAAGGAGCUCGAGUCCAACGACGAGGACUUCCAGCCUGGGUUCCGGUACACGUGGUAG